GUGAGGAAGCUCUAUUUCAUCACAAGGACUGUCCUCUCUCGCUCCCCCAGUCUCGCCUGCGGCGGAUAAGACGGUGGGCAUGUUGGAGUCGCACACCUCGUGUGGACACACUCCAGGCUCCGGCUGCUGUCCCUUGGGGUUCACGACGCCCCCAUGCCCCGAGCCCCGCUUAGCGACAGCCUCUGUCGCCUCUCAGCCUACCUGGAAGAGCUGGAGGCCGUGGAGCUGAAGAAGUUCAAGCUGUACCUGGGUGCGAUGCCAGAGGCUGAGGGGGUCAGGAUCCCCUGGGGGAAGCUGGAGCCAGCGGGGCCCCUGGACACUGCACAGCUGCUGGUGGCUCACUGCGGGCCGGCCGCGGCCUGGCCACUGGCGCUGGGCCUCUUCCAGCGCAUCAACCGGCGGGACCUGUGGGAGAGAGGACAGAGAGAGGACCCGGUGAGGGAUACUCCACCUGAUGGCUCAUCCUCACUGGAGAGCCAGUCAGUAUGUUGUCUGGAAGUCUUUCCUGGAACUCCAAGGAAAGAUCCCCGGGAAACCUACAAGGACUACGUCCGCAGGAAGUUUCGGCUGAUGCAAGACCGAAAUGCGCGCCUCGGGGAAUGCGUCAACCUCAGCCGCAGGUACACCCGCCUCCUCCUGGUGAAGGAGCACUCAACUCCCAUGUGGGCCCAGCAGAAGCUUUUGGACACAGGCUGGGGACAGGCAAGAGCCGUGGGGCACCAGGCCAGCCUCAUCCAGAUGGAGACCCUCUUUGAGCCGGACGAGGAGCGCCCCGAGCCCCCGCGCACUGUGGUCCUGCAGGGAGCGGCCGGGAUGGGCAAGUCCAUGCUGGCCCACAAGGUGAUGCUCGACUGGGCCGACGGGAAGCUCUUCCAAGGCAGGUUUGAUUAUCUCUUCUACAUCAACUGCAGGGAGAUGAACCAGAGCACCUCGGAGCAGAGCGCCCGGGACCUCAUCUCCAGCUGCUGGCCGGAGCCCAGCGUGCCCCUCCGGGAGCUUGUCCGAGUCCCCAAGCGCCUCCUGUUCAUCAUUGAUGGCUUCGACGAGCUAAAACCCUCUUUCCACCACCCUCAGGGCCCCUGGUGCCUCUGCUGGGAGGAGAAACGGCCCACGGAGCUUCUCCUCGGCAGCCUGCUUGGGAAGAAGCUGCUGCCUGAGCUGUCCAUGAUCAUCACCACCAGGCCCACGGCUCUGGACAAGCUCCAGCGCUUGCUGGAGCAUCCCAGGCACGUGGAGAUCCUGGGCUUCUCGGAGGCCGAGAGGCGGGAGUACUGCUACAAGUAUUUCCACAAUGCAGAGCAGGCCGCUCAAGUCUUCAGCUUCAUGAGGGACAACGAGCCCCUGUUCACUCUGUGCUUUGUCCCCACGGUGUGCUGGGUCGUGUGCACCUGCCUCAAGCAGCAGCUGGAGGACGGGGGGCUCCUACGACAGACGUCCAGGACCACCACGGCCGUGUACCUGCUCUACCUCCUGAGUCUGAUGCAGCCCAAGCCGGGGAGCCCCACCCUGCACCCCCCGGCCAACCAGAGGGCGCUGUGCUCUCUGGCGGCGCACGGCGUCUGGAAUCAGAAGAUCCUCUUCGAGGAGCAGGACCUCCGGAAGCAUGGCCUCGAUGGGGCAGAUGUCUCCUCCUUCCUCAACACGAACAUCUUCCAGAAGGACAUCAACUGUGAAAAGUUCUAUAGCUUCAUCCACCUCAGCUUCCAGGAAUUCUUUGCCGCCAUGUACUACAUUCUGGGCGCCGGGGAGACCGGGUCCAGCCCAGAGCAGAGCGUGACGAGGCUGUUGGCGGAGUACGGGUUUUCGGGAAGGAGCUUCUUGGGGCUCACCGUGCGCUUCCUGUUUGGCCUCCUGAACGAGGAGACAAGGAGCUACCUGGAGAAGAGUCUCUGCUGGGAGGUCUCGCCUCACGUCAAGCUGAAGCUGCUGGCCUGGAUCCAAAGCAAAGCUCGGAGCGAGGGCUCCACCCUCCAGCAGGGCUCCCUGGAGCUCUUCAGCUGCCUGUACGAGAUCCAGGAGGAGGAGUUUAUCCAACAAGCCCUGAGCCACUUUCGAGUGCUUGUCGUCGGCAACAUCACCACCAAGAUGGAGCACGUGAUUGCCUCCCUGUGCGUGAAAAACUGCAGGAACGCCCUGACCGUGCGCCUGCACGGGGCUGCCUACAGCCCGGAAGAGCACGAUGGCGGGAAAUGGACUUCCGGGCCCCAGGCACUACCCGCACCGUCACCCGAGACGAACGUGUUGCCAGAUGCCUACAGCAAGCAGCUCGCUGCGGCUCUGAGCACGAAUCCACAUCUGCAGGAGCUGCUCUUGGACCGCAACGCCCUGGGCAGCCGGGGCGUGAGGCUGCUGUGUGAAGGGCUCAGACACCCCAGCUGCAAACUUCAGAACCUGAGGCUCAAGAGAUGCUGUGUGGCUCCCUCUGCCUGCCGGGACCUCGCUGCCGUCCUGAUGGCCAAUCAGAAUCUAAGAAGGAUGGACCUGAGCGGCAAUGGGCUCGGGCUGCCGGGUGUGAAGCUGCUGUGUCAGAGGCUCCGGCAUCCCAGAUGCAGGCUGCAGGCGAUUCAGUUGAGGAAGUGUGAGCUGGAGGCCGGCGCUUGCCAGGAGAUCGCCUCUGUGCUCAGCACCAAUCAGCAUCUAGUGGAGUUGGACCUGGCGGGGAAUUCGCUGGAGGAUUUGGGUCUGAGGCUGUUAUGCCAAGGCUUGAGGCAUCCAGUGUGUGGACUGCGGAUCCUGUGGUUGAAGAUUUGCGACCUUACUGCUGCUGCCUGUGAGGACCUUACGUCCAUCCUCAGUGUGAACUGCAGCCUGAGGGAGCUGGACCUAAGCCUGAAUGACCUGGGGGAACCCGGGGUGCUGCUGCUGUGUGAGGGCCUCAGGCAUCAGUGUAGACUCCAGACCCUCCGGUUGGGCAUUUGCAGGCUGGGCUCGGCCGCCUGUGAGGGUCUCGGUGCUGUGCUCCAGGUCAACCCCCACCUACGGGAGCUGGAUCUGAGUUUCAAUGACCUGGGCGACAGGGGCAUGUGGCCGCUGUGCGAGGGGCUGGGACACCCCACCUGCAGACUCCAGAAACUGUGGCUGGAUAGCUGUGGCCUCACAGCCAAAGCUUGUGAGCAUCUUGCUUCCGCCCUGGGUGUCAGCCAGACCCUGACGGAGCUUUAUCUGACCAACAACGCCCUGGGGGAUACGGGGGUCAGGCUGCUGUGCAAAGGGCUGAGUCAUCCUGGCUGCAAACUUCGAGUGCUCUGGUUAUUUGGGAUGGACCUGAACAAAAUGACGCACAGAAGGCUGGAUGUGCUUCGGGGAACAAGACCUCACCUGGACAUUGGCUGCUGAAUGGCUCUAGCUCUCCUCUUGAAGGCAGGGCAGAGGAAGAGCAUCCCAGGACCCCGCUGGUCAACGGUGAUGAGCAGGCUCUCCUGUGCACUCCCAUUGCAGGAUGGAUCCUUUCUGCUUGGGGACUGGGUCAAGGCAUCGU